CAACCCACUUGUUCUCUACCUUGUCUUUGACUUGCCCUACCCACUCACCCACUCCAAAUGCAAAAACACCCUUCUUCUCUAAUGCUUUCCAUCACCAUGGAAGAAGAACAAGAACCAAACCUGAUCAAGCAUGGCUCCAAAGAGAACCACAACAAGACCAUGCACAUGCACACACCAAAUCCAAAUCCAUCAUCUCAAACAAUCAUGAGAUUGGCCUCACUUGCCAUCAGCUUCAACGUGCGGUUGAAAUCAUCCGACAUGCCUGUCCACAUGCAAGAACAUGCUUUGCACCACACAAGAUUGCUCUUCCCCCUUCACCCUCCUUCUCCAAAGCCAACAAACACUCACAUAGCUAGAGCUCUCAAGAAGGAAUUUGAUACGAAAUAUGGAUUGGCUUGGCACUGUGUGAUAGGGAAGAGUUUCGGAUCGUUUGUGAGUCAUACUAGUGGUGGGUUCAUCUACUUCUCAAUUGACUCACUUUCAGUUCUUCUCUUCAAAACUGAGGUUCACUUAGUCGAGCAACCACCUUUUUAAUUUUACUUUUGGUUGUUUAAUUUAAUUCAUGUUCGUUACACAUAUUUAAUGUAGUACUCUUAAUUCUAAUGACAAUUAAGGUUGUGGCCUUGGUUAUUUUUUCAUGUGUGAA